AUCUUUAUUCCAAACGUACGAGAAUUUGGAGCAUUUGGCUAUGAUGGAGAAGGUCUUGGGACCAAUACCUCCACAAAUGUUGAAAAUAGUCGAUCGCCAUGCUGAGAAGUAUGUGAGAAGGGGACGGUUAGACUGGCCUGAAGGUGCAACAUCUAGAGAAAGCAUUAAAGCUGUUUUAAAAUUGCAUCUACUUCAGAAUGUAGUGAUGCAACACGUCGAUCAUUCGGCAGGAGACCUAAUUGACUUGUUAAGAGGUCUACUUAGGUUUGAUCCGGCUAUGCGAAUGACGGCUCAUGAGGCACUCAGACAUCCUUUCUUUACCCGAGAUUAUAAUAGGCGGUACUAGUGGAGGUUACAACUGCCAUUUUGAGUGUGCGUGGUUGAUAAAUUGAAGCCU